AGUAGAAAUGUAUCAUUAUUUGAUUUAUAUUAUAAACAAAUAUUUUGGCUGGUCUGUGGGUAAUGGAUUAGAGAGAGGCAUGACACUAAGCCAGGUAAUAAGCAAGAUAGCUCCUAUAGACAUCCUGGUUAAAGACACUGUGGGAUGCAUUGCAGGUGGUAGUGAGAUGGAGAGGAGAGGACAGGGUUAAAUACAAACUAGAAAGAUAGUGAGGUAUUAAAUCUGUAAGGACAGGCAAUAAGAGAUAUGAAGGAUGCCUCAUAGGCUUUUCUGGCUUUAGCACCUGGCUAGAUGGUGCUGGAUUUUAACAAGAUGAAUACUGGAGAGGAGCAAAGAUGGUAAAUGACAAAGAUUUCACUUUUGUCUGUUAUGUUUGUGAUGCCAAGGAGCUAUUAAAAUUGAUAGUCAAGUAGGGAGUUGGAUGUUUGAGUGUAUACCUACACAAAAAGUCCAAAGUAGAGAAAUAAGUUCAGGAGUCAUUGACAUACAGAGGAGAGACAGGUAGGAUAUUACAAGAUGAAAAUAAUUUUGAGAACAUUAGUUGUAAGCAGGAGCAGAGAAGUAGUCGAUAACGAGGACAUAUAGGGGCAAUAGUUUUUGGGUUUUUUUUUUUUAUAUUUAUGGCUCCUGAAAUUGAUUUGCAGUGAGAGGAAUUUGGUGGGAAAUGAAGCAUAACUGAAUGCUGACGGGAGAGACCUAAACACUUGGUUCUCAAAUUUGACUGCAUAUUGGAAUCACCUGGGAAGUUAUUAAAAAGUACUGAUUCCAAAGUCCUACCAGCAGAGAGUCUGAUUUAAUUGGUAUGGGUGUGGCCUAGAUGAAGUGAUUUUUAAAAGCUCUUCUUUUAAUCUAAUAUGCAGGAUAGCUUGAGGAUCCGUGGGGUACAAAAAAGAAAUAAUCAUAUGGACAUGCAAGAGAGAAAAGCCAAGAUCAACCAGGAGUGGAGGAGCAUGACAGCCUGGUCCCUUGCUGAGUAAGUGAGGAGCUAACUCUUAGGGACCCUAUAGGAAAGAGUAGAACUGCCCCAUAGGGCUUCCAAAGCUGUAAGCCUUUAAGGAAGCAGACUGCCACAUCUUCCUCCUACUGAGUGGCCUGUGGAUUCAAAGCGAAGACCUUUUGGUUAGCAGUCCAGCACUUUAACCACUGUACCACCAGGGUUCCUAAAGCAAUCAAAAGAGAGUGAAGAGUUGGAGUGCACUUGAGAAGCAAGAGAGGAGAGACAGUUCAAAACAGACAAAAAGUGUUGCUGCUUGCACAGAGGGGAUAAAUCAGUGGGAGGAGAGUGUUAAGGGAAAACUUCAGGAAGGGGACAUUGUACCUCAGUUAUUGGAGAUCACGGUGGCUCAGAACUAGUAGAGGGCAAGGGAGAAAUCAUUUUUUGUCAUUGGAGAAAGAUUUGAACCUAUGUAAAGAACACAGAGAUUGUUCCUAUGUAAACACAGAGAUCUGAACCUAUGUAAAGAACACAGAGAAGUAAGGAGUAAUAUCCAAAAAAAGAAGAAAACAUUUUCUUUGGUAAAGGAGCUGGAGCCUAUGAUGGAUGCUUCAGACUGCAGAAGGCCUGAGGUACAGCCAGCGACUCCUGACUUGCCUCUUUCUGGCUCUUCUAUGAUCUUUGGAGUUGGAAUCUAAACAUCAUUGCCCCUCCCAUUCUGAGGACAGUGACCUGUCCUGGUCUUCACAUCUUCCACUGUCUGACAUCUCUUCACUCUGGUUUUAUUUCCCUAAAGGCUUCUCAGAGACCCCAUGGGAAGCUUUGGGACUAACAUCUCAAGGGCUACAAGCUUCACAUUAACUGGCUUCCCAGAGAUGGAGGGCCUGGACCACUGGCUGACUACCUUAUUCCUGCUCCUUUAUGCUGUCUCCAUCCUGGGAAACACCCUGAUUCUCUUCAUCAUAAAGGAAAGGCAAAGCUUACACCAGCCAAUGUACUACUUCCUGUCCCUGUUGUCUGUCAAUGACCUGGGUGUGUCCUUUUCUACAUUGCCCACUGUCCUGGCUGCCCUGUGCUUUCAUGCUCCAGAGACUCCAUUUGAUGCCUGCCUGGUCCAGAUGUUUUUUAUUCACUUUUUUUCCUGGACAGAGUCUGGGAUUCUUCUGGCCAUGAGUUAUGAUCGAUAUGUUGCUAUCUGUAAUCCUUUGCGAUAUUCCACAGUGCUCACUGAUAGCUAUGUGACUUACAUGUGUGUGUCUGUCAUCAUUCACAGCUUCUGCAUGGUUUUCCCACUGCCUUUCCUACUGAAAAGGCUCCCCUUCUGUAAGGACAACAUACUGACCCAUCCCUACUGCCUGCAUCCAGACUUGAUCCACCUGCCCUGUGGAGAUACUACCAUCAACAGUAUGUAUGGUCUGUUCAUUGUCAUCUCUGCCUUCGGUGUAGACUCAGUGCUCAUCCUUCUCUCCUAUGUGCUCAUACUGCGCUCUGUGCUGGCCAUCGCCUCCCAGGAGGAGAGGUUUAAGACACUUAACACAUGUGUGUCACACAUUUGUGCUCUGCUCAUCUUCCACGUGCCCAUGGUUAGCAUGUCCAUGGUGCACCGAUUUGGGAAGCAUGCACCUGAGAAUGUGCACAAGUUCAUGUCCAUAGUCUUCCUCUUUGUCCCUCCGAUGCUCAAUCCAAUUAUCUAUCCCAUCAAGACUAAGGAGAUCAGAACGAGGCUAAGUAAGAUGUCAUUAGAAGCCAAGCUCUGA